AAGGGAGAGGGAGAGGAAGAGGUGAGCUUUCGCUGGAGCUUUCGCGGUAGCAAGUUUACGGUGAUGUCAGUCGAGCGGCGCUUCUCGACAGUGUGUUACGCAAGUUUUGUACGUGCCAGAAGAAAGAAGCGAAAGAGAAAGCUUUCGUAACGUUUGAAAAUCAAAUUCUAGCGGCGUGUAUAAUCAAGUCGAGCAAAGGAUCUAAUAAUCCGUAAUUAAAUAAAUUCAAAAGGAGAUGCGCAUAUUUGAACAAACUUGCUCGUUUUUCCAUCCUUCGUGAUAUAAUGAAAGGACGAACUCACGAUUGAGUUAUUAUCAAAAGUGGUCGUCGAGUUUGAACAGUGAACCAUGGUGGAUAAAUUGCACGAAUACGAAGGUUUCGCUGGUAGAGUUCACGACGUUCGUGAUAAAGUAAAGGAGAGAUGGGACCUCUUCAAAGAAUGGAAAAGCAGUGUACCUCUCGAUCAAGGCCUACCGGGUGUCCUGAAUCAUCUUCGUGGUCCUCCCAAAUUGGAAAAAACCUUGGAGGACUAUGCUCAUAUUUACAGAAAGAAAACACGCCGCGAAUUGGUACGGGUUUCCGCAGCCGUCAUGGGAAUCGAAUUUUCUUACGCCGCCGAGACGGCUUUCGUUUCGCCUACUUUAUUGAAAAUCGGUGUGGAUCAUCAGCACAUGACGUUGGUUUGGGCUCUGAGCCCUCUCGUCGGUUUCUUCGUUACACCGAUCUUGGGUAGCGUUAGCGAUCGUUGCAGAUUAAAAUAUGGUAGAAGACGACCCUUCAUUCUUUUGUUAGCGAUUGGAGUUCUGAUAGGAUUAAUUUUGGUGCCAAAUGGCGAGAACAUGGGUUAUGCGUUCGGUGACAUUUCAUCGUGGAGCAAUCAUACGAUACCAAUAGGUCAUCGAACGACGGCGAAAUCAUCAAAGGAUGAUGACGUACCGACGUUGAAACCAUCUUCACAUUCCUGGGGUAUAUUUUUUACUAUCUUGGGCACGGUUCUUCUUGAUUUCGAUGCCGACGCUUGUCAAAGUCCAGCCAGAGCUUAUCUUCUUGAUGUUACUAUCCCUGAGGAUCAUGCCAGAGGAUUGAGUACAUUCACCAUAAUGGCAGGACUUGGUGGUUUCAUGGGAUACGGAUUAGGUGGUAUCAAUUGGGAUGCUACGGCGAUUGGGAUAAUGUUAGGAGGACACCUUCAUGCUACUUUCACAUUAAUCACUAUCAUUUUCAUAAUAUGCGUGGCUUUUACCAUUACGAGUUUUAAAGAGAUUCCUUUGGAAGUACUCGAAAGGGACCAAUAUCAGCAAAUUCAAGAAGAAAAGACCGAAGAAUCCAAAGGAAAUGAGUACGAUAAAAUAACUGGUGAAGAAUGUACUUCGUAUGGUGCAAUUGAUAACGAGCAAGAUGCGUGUAUGACGAAAAACGACGAAUUCGCGUUAAAGCCACUUCCAGUGCAAGAAUCCAUGAAAAGACCAGGCGAGGUACCGAUGAUACCCGAUAUGCCCAUUCAAGAUACGAGUCAAACGAAAUAUGAAAUGAUUGAUGUAGAGCAUGAUCCGAAAGUUACCUUGAGAGAAUACCUUAUGUCUAUCGUUUAUAUGCCUCAUAGUCUUCGAAUGGUUUGUUUGACCAACCUAUUCUGUUGGAUGGCACAUGUAUGCUAUUCUCUAUAUUUCACUGACUUCGUUGGCGAAGCUGUUUACGGCGGUAAUCCUCAGGCUCCUGAUGGCACGAAAGAACGAGAAUUAUAUGAAAGAGGUGUUCGUUUUGGAUGUUGGGGAAUGUCCAUGUAUUCUUUAUCCUGCUCGUGUUACUCGUUGAUCAUCGAGAAGCUAAUAAAACGUUACAAAGCUCGCAAAGUGUACAUUUGUGGCCUGCUGUUUUACAGUAGUGGAAUGAUGUUGAUGGCUAUCAUAAAACAUCCUGCUGGCGUGAUAAUAUUCUCUUGGACGGCUGGUGUUAUGUACUCCACUUUAUUUACCAUGCCUUAUUUAUUAGUUGCUCAUUACCAUGCUUCGUCGACGUUCGAAAUUACGGUCGAAGGAGAAGCUAUUCAAAGUGCCGGCGUUCGUGGUCUUGGUACUGACGUCGCCAUCGUUUCUUCAAUGGUCUUCUUAGCGCAGUUUUUCCUUUCUUGCUGUCUUGGAACUAUAGUUAGCGUGUCUGGGACAACGACGGCAGUGGUUUGCGUAGCAAGCGCUUUGGCGGCCUUUGGGGCUAUCUCGGCCACGCAAAUAAUGUACCUGGAUCUUUAAAAAUAAAAUCAAAUAAAGAUGGUGCAGUCGGUGCGCGACCGGUACCAAAUUCAAAGGACCAAUAAAUAAAUGAGCAUUUAGCUGAAAGUAAGUAUAUUCGCUGACAUAUUUCAUGACCAGAAAUAUUUCGUGCGCGUGAAAGCAUUCAUACAAUGUCGUAAAAUUUACAUUUGUCGUACGUAUAACGGCAUAGCACAAACGAUCUUCGGUCAGUUUUGAAAAUUGAAACUAUUUCGAAACUAUUGUGAAUUGAAUUAAUUAUAUAGAAAACACAUUAUUAUAUAUAUAUAUAUAUAUACUAUAGGAUCAUUAAUCGGAUAAUUGUAUUAGAGAAAAAAGUAAAAUGAAGUGUUCCAGCAUUUAUAUGUAAGCUCAUAGGAAUGAAUAAACAGGAUAUAUCUUAUCAUCGAGGUAAAUCGAUGUUUUACUUCGAAUUGCAAAUUCGAAACGCAGCACGAAUCUUCAACAACAGGAACUCACUUAUUUUCUCUAUUUGUCGCUGGACGUAUGAAUUGUUAUCUAGCAGACCCUUGUAUAUAAAACAAAAAUUAUCAGUAAAAUAAUAUUGAAAUUUCUCUGAUAUAUAUGGAUAAUAAAAAUAUCUGAUACUUGAA